AUGGAGAAGCUUUUUGAGAAGAAAGGCCUCGCCAUUAUUACAGGAGGAGCCUCUGGCAUUGGUCUGGCACUGGCACAAAAAUGUGUCAAAGCAGGCAUGUUUGUCAUCGCUUGCGACAAGGACCAGCACGCCGUCAAGUAUGUCAUGGAAACAUACGGUCAAUCCAUCAAAGCAGUUCACAUGGAUGUCAGUCAGUCUGAUGACUGGGUAGCAUUGAGAAGGAUAGUUGAUGACGAAUAUUCGGGCCGUGUUGCUCUUUUGGUCUUGAACGCAGGGAUCAAGCCCGAGUCUUCUUUUGACUCUGUAGCCUCCUUUCAUACCACCUUCAAUACCAAUGUUUUUGGAGUGGUCUUUGGCAUUGGCGCGCCCCUUCCAUCCGUCAAAGCGAGCGCCGAAGCUGGCAGUCGAUCUACUAUCGUCAUCACCGGCUCGAAGCAGGGCAUUACAAAUCCACCCGGCUACCCUGCGUACAACGCGUCCAAGGCAGCAGUAAGUUCCAUUGCGGAGCAGCUCAGUUUCGACUUGCGAAAUACCGAAAGGGUAUCAGUACAUCUUCUCGUCCCUGGAUGGACGCACACCGGCAUGGGUGGGAGAACCCCGCAGAUGAGUCUAUCCAAGCCCGAUGGCGCAUGGUGGCCGGAACAGGUGGUGGAAUACUUGGAGAAGAAAAUGCUAGAAGACCAGUUCUGGGUUCUUUGUCCGGAUAAUGAAGUGACCGAGUCUCUAGACCGAGCAAGAAUGCUGUGGAGUGCAGGCGAUGCAGUAGAAGGGCGCCCGCCAUUGAGCAGAUGGAGAGAAGAUUGGAAGGAUCCAGCUGAGCGCUUCAUUGAAGUCUACGAGGAGACUCGACAUUAG